UGACAGUAAAACUGGGAAGCAAAAAAAAUCAGAAGUGACGGAGAGGUAAAAAAACAAGACUUGCGAAUCGGCAAACAUGUAUCACUGGAAGAAGUUCCAGUUCUUUGAAGACAAAACCCCGGGCGUUCAGCUGCUGCCAGAGACUCCGGGGAAGAUAACAUGCACGGCGGGGGGGCAUGGACAGAUUGUGUUGGGCAUGGCGGAUGGCAACAUUCAUGUUGUCGACAGAAAUCUUAAGCUCAAAUCUUCGUGGAAGGCACAUGGCGCAUCUGUUCGGAGGGUCAGCCAGCUCAAGGAGCUUGUGCUAGGGAGACCCGAGGCUGUGUACUUUUACGAAGUUGAGGGCAAAGGGCCUUGCUGGGUUUUUGACGGAGCAAAGCAGUGUGUAGCCUGGUUCCGGGGGUACCUUAUUGUGGUGGCGUCGGAUGCGCGGAGCCCAGACAAGCGAGCAGCGCUCAACAUUUACGACUUGAAGAAUAAGUUGAUUGUUUUCUCCGUGCCCAUCGGAGUUGUAGAGGAGGUUGUCAUGGAGUGGGGCAUGAUCGUCAUCAUCGUUCAAGGUGAGAAAGAGAACGAGCGCAAAGUCAUUACGCUCGCGGAGAAGGACAUGGGAACCAAGCUGGAGAUGCUCUUCAAAAAGAACUUGUACCUUGUGGCAAUCAAUUUGGUACAGAGUCAGAACUCCGCAGAUGGCGCGGCAGUAGCGGAGGUAAUGCGCAAGUUCGGUGACCAUCUGUACGAGAAGCAAGAUUAUGAAGAAGCAAUGGCACAGUAUAUCCGGACGAUUGGGUACCUAGAGCCCUCCUAUGUGAUUCAGAAAUUUCUGGAUGCUCAACGUAUCAACAACCUGACAUUGUACCUGGAGAGAUUACACAGCAAAGGUCUGGCGACUGCCGACCACACAACACUCCUCCUGAACUGUUACACAAAGCUCAAGGAUGUCGAAAAGCUUGAUCAGUUCAUCAAGGCUGAGGGGGAACAUCGAUUCGAUGUGGAGACAACAGUCCGCGUCUGCCGCGCGGCUGGGUACUUUGAACAUGCUAUGUAUGUGGCGAAGCGAGCCGGAGAUCAUGCAUCUUACCUUCGCAUCUUAUUGGAGGACCUGCGACGCUACGAAGAGGCGCUCGAGUACAUUUCCGGCCUGCCACCCUACCAAGCCGCUCUGACGUUGAAGCAGUACGGCAAAUUGUUGGUCGGCGCAAGGCCGAAGAAGACGACGGAGGUGUUGAUGAAGAUAUGCAUGGAUGGGGGAAGUGGUGGGGUGAGCAUCAGCAAGAGGGGGAUAGAGGAGGGGGGGUCAAGUGCUGAUUUGUUGCCCAAGACCCGAGCCAUUAGUUUGGACCUGAGAGAGGGCGAGCUUGCGGAGACGAGGCAGAGGGAGGAGGAGCCGUAUGUUCGUGAGGAGCAGCUUCCAUCUCCCAUGGACUUCGUGCACCUGUUCGUGGACCGCCCGCUAUGGCUGAUGAAGUUCUUAGAACAGUACGCACAGAAGGCAGGGGAGUUGGAUUCGCUUGCCGCAUCGGAGAUCAAGAGCAUGUUGCUUGAACUGUACUUGUGUGAAGGACAGCUGAGCAUACCCGCUCUGACGCAGAUCGAGAGCGCGGACAAGGCAAACUUGGCGGCACCGGUGGCAAAUGGGAAAGAACAGGUGGAUGAACGACAAGGCUUCGAGGAAGAUGGAGAGAAGAGGAGGCAGAAGGCACUGCAACUUCUGAAGACCGGAUGGGCUGUGCCGGGGCAGCAGCCAAACUAUGAUGUCGACCUCGCUCUUGUGCUCUGCCAAAUGCACAAUUUUGAGCCAGGAUUGCUCUUUCUUUAUGAGAGGAUGCAUCUUUACAAAGAAGUUAUGGCGGUGUACAUGCGUGCUGAAGAUUACCAAGGCCUCAUCGACUGCUGUAAGAAGCUCGCAGACUCAGGAGAUGGAGGGGAUCCGCGACUUUGGAUGGAUGUGAUGGCGUAUUUUGGAGAGAAGGAGAGGGAUUGUGAGAACGAGGUACGCGAGGUGCUCAAGCUGGUGGAGAGAGACAAUGUAUUGCCGCCACUCAUCGUACUGCAGACCUUAUCUAAAAAUCCGCGCAUAACAGUUGGAGUUGUGAGGGACUACGUCACACGGCAAAUCAAUCAGCAGACACAGCUGAUCGAUGCAGAUCGCCGUGCGAUCGAGAAAUAUGAGGAAGAAACUGCUACAAUGAAGGCAGAGAUAGAAGAACUGCGGACGGGUGCCAAGGUCUUCCAGCUUACGCGAUGCUCUCGCUGCACCGAUCCUCUUCAUCUCCCUGCCGUUCACUUCCUCUGUAUGCAUUCAUUCCACCAGCAAUGCCUCGGCGACAAUGAUCGGGAGUGCCCGCUUUGCGCUGCGUCGCAUGCUACGGUGAUGGAGGCCAAGAGAGGCGCAUUGCAGAGUGCCAACGACCACGAUUCCUUCUUUCAGCGCCUGCACAAUGCUGAUGACGGCUUUGCCGUCAUCGCCGAGUAUUUCGGCAAAGGUAUGCUCACAAGGGGAAGUCAGAGGGAGGCUAGCGCUGGAGGUAGUAAUUUCCCUCCAGGCUUGACCGCAUCCCCCCUCCAAGCAACCCUUUCUGGUGCAAGCUCCCUUAGCCCUGCUUCUAUCCUAAUUUGAUGAGAAAACGCAAAAUGAAUAAUUCGGUAUUAAUUCCAUUUAUUACGAUGAGUACAACCCGUGGAGAUUGUCUGUGCGGAGAUCGUCACUUGUCGUCGGAUGUUCAAGGCACAUGUGCAAAGCGGUGGGCAUGAAAGGCAUAACCUCACACUGAUUUCUACGUCCUGUUGGUCCUCUGUAUUCAUUCCUAAGUUGGAAAAGGACAGUGUAUGUCCUUGGUACUAAUUUCUAAAUAAAAACUGCCAACUCCCAAGUCCAGAGCACAAGGGAUAUACAAAUCACUGAAAUCGGUAAUUUAGACGAACAUAGUAAAUAGUACAUAGUAGU